AUGGUAGCCGACGCGUCCGAGCCGAUCUACAGUGAUGUGGAGGACAUUGUCCCCGAUACAGCGGGAUCACAACGUAUCUCGAACGGCUAUGUCCGCAAAAAUCCGCCUUUAUGGGAAAGAAAGAGCGAGCCAUCAAAACCAGCAGUCCCCUGCACCUACUGUAUCUACUCUGCUGUGCCGGCCAUCAAAUCAUGUCUGUUGUGUGAAGCCUCCCUGUGCCUCUUACAUCUCCAGGUCCACAGCAAGUCACCCGAACACGUCUUGACCAUCCCACUCUCCAAUCCGGGAGGGAUAAGAGACUUAAAAUGCUCAACUCACAAGGAGGCCAUGAAGUACUAUUGCUAUGAAGACUCUGCCUGUAUCUGUGUGUCCUGUUGCUUUGCCGGUCAGCACAAGGGUCACCAGGUGGAGUUACUGGAGGUGGCUUCUGGGAAGAAGAAGAAAGAUCUGAGAAACCUCCUGGAGAGACUGAACUCAAGGCAAAAUAGAAUAGACAACAGAGUCCUGAGACUUAAACAGCAGAGAGGAGAGGUGCAGGACAGGACAGCUGUGGUCACGGAAAGGGUUGUUGCCUUGUUUAACGACCUCAGGAGACAACUGGAAGAGCUGGAGAAGAGGCUCCUUUGCGAGAUUUCAGCAGAAGGAGACAGAAUCACUCGCCCGUUCACCCUUCUCAUCAAUCAGCUACAGACCCAGCAAGACGAGCUCUACUGCAGCAUAAUGCAGAUUGAGCAGCUCAUCAACUUAUCAGAUCCAUUGGCAAUCAUGGCCAAAACAAGUGCAGAAUUGGAGCCUAAAGACACAGAAAACUUGAUCUACAACCUGGAGGAGAUUGACGAAGGACUGAUCUCUGUGGCGUUGCACAGAUCUUUUAACGAGAUAAUGCAAACGGUCAAGAUGGCCCAAGGCUCUACAGACCUGCUGCUGGACGUAGAGAGUGCCGCCAACGACGUGUAUCUCUCCGGUGAUAAGAAAACGGUCUCGUGGUCAAAGAUCAAUCAGCGUCGCCCAAAACACCCCACCAGAUUCAAGAGCCUCCAGGUUCUAAGCAAAGGGGCUUUCUCAUUCGGACGACAUUACUGGGAGGUGCAGACCAGCGAGACGGGGGAAUGGAUGAUGGGGGUGUGCUAUCCCAGUAUGGAGCGCAAGGGAACCCUGUCGGUCUUCGGAAGCAACAACAGAUCCUGGUGCUUGAGCUGGAGAGAUAAAAAAAUUUCUGUGGUCCACGAUCAAAAAGUCAAGCAUUUCCUCAAUCUUUUCCCGUGCCAUAGGGUAGGAAUCUACUUAGACUACGAGGCGGGAAGAUUGUCCUUUUACAAACUGGAUGACCCCGUCAGACACUUACAUACUUUUAUGGUCAACUUUACUGAUCCCCUCUUCGCCGCCUUCUCGGUACAGCGUGGCUGGUUGAGAAUCAAGACUUAA